AUUAAAAGGCGCUUGAUAUUUGGCAAUUGAUUGUUGAUUUUCCUUUCAUUUGAAAAAUCUUUAAAAAUUAGUUUAUGAUUGGUUUGCUGGCGAUGGGGCAGCCAAAAGAGCGCUUCUUCCAGCUCGGGGAAGGUGAAUUCGGGCAGUUCCAGCGAGGCGCCAUAGCGCUCCAGGAAAGAACAGACAACGGCGAAAUUGGGCUGAGAGGCGACCGCCGCCAUCUUAAUGUCGGAGGACUCGGCCAGCUCCUCCGCUAUCCCGACGUGCAGCGCUGCCCGCCCGCCGGCUCCAGGUAAACAAAUAGGGAACGGGACCAGGCGAGGCGAGCAGGAAGAGUCCGUCAGUAUCCCGUCCUGCAACACGUCAGCCCGAGGCACCAGCAAAGGAAUCGAUCCCUCGUAAGCCAGAGCGACCGUUGCCUAGGCAACCGUUGGUUAGCAACUGCCCAGGGAGUGAGGAUUUGAGGAAAGCAGACAACUCGGGUUCUAAACAGGCAGGAAGUCACUUCUGGGAUUGGUGUACAGGCCCUUAACAGUAACCACAUGGUAGGAUGUGGUAUAAAGGAAGAAAGGAUGGGAGAUUGUCAGAAAGGUUUCGAGCUGGUACUGAUUGCCCCUUUACCACUAUGUCCUCUCCACAAAUAGCUUCAAUCUCUUGGGGACGGAUGAAAGUCCAAGACUGUGCCACUACUUAUAAGGACUGCAAGGUGUGGCCAGGAGGAAGUCGUACCUGGGACUGGAGAGAAACGGGGACUGAUCAUUACCCUGGAGUACAGGCAGCUGAUCUGGAGGAAGUCAUUACCAAAGGUAUUCAAACGCUGGUUAUUGGCCGUGGAAUGAGUGAGGCUUUACAGGUUCCCUCGAGAACGCUGGAGUAUCUUAAGAAGAAAGGGGUAGAGGUGAAAGUCCUUCAGACGGAGGAGGCAGUGCGAGAGUACAACUUGUUGGCCAGUCGUGGUGCACGAGUUGGAGGAGUCUUCCAUUCCACUUGUUAAAACAACAAGCCAAACAAUGGGAGGUUCCCUGACAACAUGUUAAGCCCUGUGUGACUUCCUUUGGCCUCAUUGCCAUUUUCUUUUCAGUGUGUGGUCUGAAUUAUUUAAACAGGAAGAGAAAAGGCUUUAAAGGGUGUGAAUACAUUAUGUCUUGUAAUACAUAAAAGCGAUUCCCAUUUAAAACAGGACUUUCUAGUCUCUGUGUCGGCUGCUGGUAGUUUGGUCAUUCAAAGCGGGAUAACAGAAGAGUAAUUUUUGCUUGUUGCACUUGGAAUGUUUCCUUUUUUGUCAAAAGCAAGCUUUGGGAGACCUUGCGGCCUCCCCGCUGUUUGAUCAGUUGUGAGUAACUUGGUUUCCCAUAUUGGGUAUACAUGAGGGAACCGAGUGCAGAGAUCCUAUUUCAGGCAUGUGCUAGUGGAACGCGAGUAGUGGGUGAUGGAGCUGGUUUUCCGUUUACAGGAUGCUAGUUUCGAUGGUGAACCUUGUGACUGUGUGUGAGUGGGUCAAUCCUGGAAUUGCACCGAGCUGUAUGUUCAAUGUCCUGUCCCUUCUCUGCAUCAUUUUAAAUUGUACCUUUGGCUUUUUUCCUUGUGAUAAUUCCUCAAGUUGAUCUUUUUUUUUGUGUUGUUGAAGAUUUCCUAAAACUUGUACCCAUUAUCCAGCAGGUCCUGCAAUCGGCUUGAAAUGCACCACGUACCUGUGAAGUAUGAGCAGGCAGCAAGUGGGGAUGAAUGUGCAACCACACUCUGCUGAGUCAGACCACUUUUAGAUCAGCUGGAAUUGAAUCGAUAGCAGUGGUUUACUCUUCCUGGCCAAUAUUCAUCCUCCAAGGGGAGGUGGUGGCGUCGUGGUAAUGUCACUGGACUAGUAAUCCUGAGCUAAUGCUCUGGGGAACAUGGAUUCAAAUGCUACCACAGCAACUGGUGGAAUUUAAAUUCAAUUAGUAAAUCUGGAAUAUAAAGCUAGUCUUGUUGAAUCACCCUUAGUGAUCAAUUAUUGUUUAAAAACCCAUCUGGUUCACUAAUAUCCUUUAGGGAAGGAAAUCUGCCACUUUUACCUGGUCUGGCCUACAUGUGAUUCCAGACCCCCAGUAAUGGGCUAGCAGGCCACCCUGUUCAAGGGCAUUUGGGGAUGGUAAACAAAUGUUGGCCUUGUCAGCGAUGCUCACAUCUCAUGAAAGAACAAAGAAAGGAAACGCCAACAAGACAGGUGAAAUUGGACAUGAAUGGGAGACACGCUAUGCAGUGCUCGCAUGUUGUAUGCACUGCCUGAUUUUUUUGUUUUUAGUACUACUGGCUUCAAGAGAACUCUAUCGAGCAUGUGGGAUAGAGGUUCCAAAAAGUUAUUCCAUCUCAUUUAUUACCCUCCUGCAUGUCCGAUUUCACCGUUAUCUGGUCAUUAUCACUGUUUGUGGGACCUUGCUGUGUGCAAAUUGGCUGCCGCAUUUCCUACAUUUGCAACACUUCAAAAGUACUUAAUUGACGGUAAGGCCUUUCGGAACAUCCCGAGGUGGUGAAAGGUGCUAUAUAAAUUCAAUGUUCUUGAAAUUAAAAUUUGCAAAAUGAUUUGUUUGGCCUCUGAUGGUGGACUGGGCAAGUACAGUACCUGGUGUGGGGCUUGGCCCUAAAGACCAGGAAAGUCACAGGUUCCAUCACUUCCUCUGUCAGGAAUUAGCUGUCCUCAGUUGGGGCAGCAGCACAGAGCGCAGUGCCUGGUUCCGGGAGCUUUGAGCUAUGGAGAGGGAGGAAAUCAGUCAGAGUUCACUUGCCUGAUUGCAAUCCAAUCCUCACCUACGGGAAGCCACUCAGGUAUUGGUAAGGAUAGGACUGGGCAAUAGAACAAUAGUAUUGUGUUGGCCUCAUGAUUGAUCAUCACCAGGCAAUUCACAGGCCCGGUUUUUAUCUUGCUGAGGUAAUAGAGCACCUGUGUGCCAAUAGAACUGUAUCCUAACACAUGUCCAUUGUUUGAGGAAGAGGAUAAUAUUACACGAGGAGGAUGAUAAAUUAAUGAAUUAUGAGAAUCACCUUAGUAGCAGCAUUCUUGUCUCUAAGCACACAAUACAGGUUGAUGUGCCCAGUGCAGUACUGAGGGAGUGCUGCACUGUCAGAGGCACCAUCUUGGGUAGACGUAAAGGAACCUAUGGCAAUCCUUAAGGAAGUGCAUGAGAGUUCUCCUGAUAUUCAAGGUAAUACACCUUUUAUCCAAUGUCACUAAAUAACAGAUUAACUGAACAAUUAUGACAUUAAUAUUUCUGGGAGCUUGCUGUGCACAAUAUGGCUUCAACGUUUUCUUCAUUACAACAGUGACUACGCUUCUAAACAAAAACUUAAUUGGCUGUGAAGUGAUUUGGGAUGUCCUGAGGACCUGAAAGGUGCGAUAUAAAAUGUAGGCCUUUUUCUCGCAGUUCCUCCAGACCUUUUUAUUCUGCAUGCACUGAAUGUCUAAUGAGGAUCCGUUUUAUUUUUUGACACAGCCAUUAGAGCCUUUUACAGCAAGAAUGAGGACAUUUGGCCCAUCGAAUCUAUGCCAGCUCUCCAUGGAAGUAAUACAAAGCAAUUUUCUAUUUUAAAAAUGACGUCAGAAUUGGUGCAUGUAAAGCUCUGAGCCACUUUUCAUAGUAGGACAUGGGAAUUGAUGUUUUUUAUGUCAAAGUAUGUUUUGUCACUGACAUGGAAAGCGAUAAAACAUUGAAAGGAAUUGUAGCUGUACUUAUGAAUUAACUGUAAUAAAGGCAGACAGUGU